CAGAAAGCUUCCAAAAGCUUUAGCCAACAAAAAAUGGCAGAACUUGUUCCUUAUUACACUCCAGGGAUCGUACUUGUACUUCAAACCAUUCUUUUCUUCUCGAUCGCACGUGCCGAUUUACCAGGCACGUGGGAACUCAUUGUACAAGACGCCGGUAUAGCUUCUAUGCACACGGCGGUGACCCGGUUCAACACGGUCAUCCUUCUAGAUCGAACAAACAUCGGACCGUCGAGAAAGGCUCUUGACCGGCACCGGUGCCGGAGAGACCCAAAAGACGCAGCUCUGAAGCACGAUUGCUAUGCUCACUCGGUUCUGUUCGACCUUGGUACAAAUCAGAUCAGACCAUUGAUGAUACAAACCGACACGUGGUGCUCGUCGGGUCAGUUUUUAUCCGAUGGAUCGUUGCUUCAAACGGGUGGGGAUAAAGACGGGUUUAAAAAGAUCCGAAAAUUCGAACCGUGUGACCCGAACGAGACGUGCGAUUGGGUGGAGCUUCAAGAUACCGAAUUGAUAACCGGACGCUGGUACGCUACUAACCAGAUAUUACCGGAUGGUUCGGUUAUCAUCGUCGGUGGCAGAGGAACCAAUACCGUUGAGUAUUACCCUCCACGCCAAAACGGUGCCGUUCCGUUUCAGUUUCUUGCUGACGUGGAAGACAAACAAAUGGAUAAUCUCUAUCCGUACAUUCAUCUCCUCCCCGACGACGACGGCGGCAACCUCUUCGUCUUCGCUAACAGUCGCGCCGUUAAAUACGAUCACCGGAUAAACACCGUCGUGAAAGAGUAUCCACCGUUAGAAGGUGGUCCGAGGAAUUAUCCGUCAGGUGGAUCAUCGGCGAUGCUAGCGAUCCAAGGAGAUUUCACCACGGCGGAGAUACUAAUUUGCGGCGGAGCUCAAUCCGGGGCCUUCACAGCGCGUGCAAUUGACGCUCCGGCGCAUGGAACCUGCGGACGAAUCGUAGCUACCGCGGUGGAUCCCGUUUGGGUGACGGAGGAGAUGCCGUUCGGGAGAAUCAUGGGAGAUAUGGUGAAUUUACCGACGGGAGAGAUUCUGAUCAUAAACGGAGCUCAAGCCGGUAGCCAAGGAUUCGAAAUGGGAUCCGAUCCGUGUUUAUACCCGCUAUUAUACCGACCCGAUCAACCAAUUGGUUUACGAUUCAUGACACUGAAUCCAGGAACUGUACCGAGAAUGUAUCAUUCCACGGCGAAUCUAUUACCGGACGGUAGAAUUCUUCUCGCCGGAAGUAACCCUCACUAUUUCUACAAAUUCAACGCCGAAUUCCCAACAGAGCUACGGAUCGAAGCGUUUUCGCCGGAGUAUCUUUCGCCGGAUCGAGCUAAUCUCCGGCCUGAGAUCCGAGAAAUCCCGCAGAUCGUACGGUACGGAGAGGUCUUCGACGUGUUCGUGACGGUGCCGUUGCCGGUGGUGGAGAUUAUACAGAUGAAUUGGGGAAGUGCGCCUUUUGCGACUCAUUCGUUUUCUCAAGGUCAACGGCUCGUUAAGUUGACCGUUGCUCCGUCUGUGCCUGACGGGGUUGGUCGUUAUAGGAUUCAGUGUACGGCUCCACCUAACGGCGCCGUUUCUCCGCCUGGGUAUUAUAUGGCCUUCGCCGUUAACCAGGGAGUUCCUAGCAUUGCUCGCUGGAUUCGUAUAGAGCAUCAAAUUCCGCCGGAGGUGCCUGGAGAAAAGAUCAGCAAGAAAGCGGCGAAGAAGGAAGCCGCGAAGCUAGAGAAGUUACGCCGCCGGCAGGAACAAGAGAAGUUACGCAGCCGGCAGGAACAAGAGGAAGCCACUCGUAAGACAGCUUCAAAGUCUCUGGAAGAAGAUGACGAGUUUUCAACCGGAAUAUGGAGAGAGGCUGUUGAAGGGAAGAGGUGGACUGAAGUGAGCAAUUUGGUGGAAGAAAUAGCGGGAUCUGAGGUUUUGAUCAGAGGCCGAGUUCACACGUAUCGCGUACAACCUAGCAUAGUGUUUGUGAUCUUGAGGCAAAGUGGAUUCACUGUUCAGUGCGUGGCCAAGCAAUCGGAGGAGACCAACUUUAGCGUCAACAUGAUUAAAUACCUCGAGAAGCUGAGUUGCGAAUCCAUGGUCGAUGUCAUCGGUGUCGUCGUUCUCCCCAAAGACCCUGUAAAGGGAACUACGCAGCAGGUUGAAAUUCAGGUGAGAAAGCUGUAUUGCGUCAACAAAUCCUUGACAAGAUUACCAUUUAGUGUGGAGGAUGCUGCCCGAAGUGAAGUAGAUAUAAAAAAAUAUCUUGAGACUGGAAGACGAGCUGGUCGUGUCAAUCAGGAUACACGUUUGAAUCAUAGGGUGAUUGACCUCAGAACACCGGCUAAUCAAGCCAUCGUCGCCCUUAAGUCCAAACUCGUAAAUUUUUUCAGUGAAAAUUUGCUAUCCAAGGAUUUUGUUAAUAUCUUCACACCGAAACUCCUGGCCGGUAGUAGUGAAGGAGGUUCUGCUGUAUUUAGGUUGGAAUACCAAGGACAGCCUGCUUGUCUAGCUCAGUCUCCCCAGCUUCACAAGCAAAUGGCAAUAUGUGGUGACUUGCGACGCGUCUUUGAGAUAGGUCCUGUUUUCAGAGCAGAAAAGUCGUUCUCUCAUAGACAUCUGUGUGAAUUUGUGGGUCUUGAUGUGGAGAUGGAGAUUGAUAAACACUAUUCUGAGAUAAUGGACCUUGUGGACGAGUUAUUUGUGUCUAUAUUCACUAGUUUGAAUAGCAAGUGCAAAAAGGAACUUGAAGCUAUUGGAAAGCAAUAUCCAUUUCAACCUUUGAUGUUUCUUGAAAAGACAUUGAGGUUAACGUUUGAAGAAGGGGUUCAAAUGCUUAAGGAAGCUGGUGUGGAGAUUGAUCCUCUUGGCGAUUUAAACACUGAAUCUGAGAGAAAACUUGGCCAACUUGUACUGGAAAAGUACAACACUGAGUUCUAUAUUCUGCAUCGGUUUCCUACGGCAGUUAGGCCUUUCUACACUAUGACUUGUGUUGAUAAUCCUCUUUACAGCAACUCCUUUGAUGUCUUCAUCAGAGGUGAGGAGAUCAUAUCAGGAGCUCAACGUAUCCAUACCCCAGAAUUAUUGGAGCAACGUGCGAGGGAGCACGGGAUUGAUGUAAAGACAAUAUCCACAUACAUCGAUUCAUUCAGGUAUGGUGCGCCUCCACACGGUGGAUUCGGAGCGGGGUUGGAGCGAGUGGUCAUGCUUUUCUGUGGACUGAACAACAUCCGGAAAACAUCGCUCUUCCCUCGCGACCCUCAAAGGCUUGCACCCUAAUAUCUUUUCAACUCAACUUUUUCUCAUGAAGCUUUUUGAGAGUUUAGAUUUUUACUUGUUGCCUUAUUCUUGUCCUUUAGUAUAAGUGAAUCUUGAUUUUAAUUGUCUGAUCCUUAUGUUACAUACACCUUGUCGAGUAACUAAGUCUUUC